UGUGUGUUUAUGGGUUCAAGGAAGUGAUGCCCUUUUCGUUUUAUAUUUGUGGCAGGUGCCCUAUUGCUUCAUUUGAUUUGGAUCGUCAAGUAUCGAAUAAGUUAUUGUUUCCUUGGAAUUUAAGCCACAGCCUUAUUAAAGGAAGCAGAAUUCAUAAGACAUGUCGACUCAAAGCUGGCUUUUGGGAAUCGAUUAAAUCUGGUGCAGUUUUCAGUCAGCAUGUCUUUGCACGAUACAACCUUUUGCUUUAUUUGCACUCAUUUAACCUCAGGAGAAGAAGGAUUGGAGGCUGAUGAGCUAAGAAGGAAUUCUGAUGUCAUGGAGAUCCUAAAGAAGACAAGUUUCCAAAGGUUAUUGGCUCUAGCGCGUUGAAAAACCCAGAAACAACCCUGGAGCAUGAGUAAGAGUCUUGCUCAUCAACUAUUGAUUAAAGACUGAUUACAACUUAAGCAUAUGUAAAAAACGCAUGGUAAUGUUAUCCUCUUUCUAAAUAAACUGGUUUAAAUAGUAUGGUCUAAAUUUUACCUCUUAACUAUCUGUUUCACUCUCUUAUCGAGUACAGAUCAGUUGAAGCUCUCAAAACCACUCUGGAAGGCUCCCUCCUAAUACCAGAGACGAACGAUGCAAGGUCUGAUCCUUUCUAUUUUCGUCAACUUUUUUUUUUUUUUUUUGGAAACCUGAAUAGCCAAUAGAAAACUGAGAAUUUUGGAAUUUUACAGUGUUUAAUUUACUGCUUUUGGUCUGUUUAGUGUGGAACUGAGGACAGUUGCUGAUGACAAAUUGUAGCCCUUUUUUAUGGUUUAAAAUUCCUUCAUAUGAAAUCUUAGUAAUGAUGCACUUUACUGAUUGUAAAUUUAGUUUCCUACAUAAGAAAACUUUGAUGUAGUUUCAUUGCACUGUGUUGCACAAGUUGAAUCUAUAUUGGCACGUUGGUAUUAAUUGAAUAGGUUGCCUUUGCAGGACAAGGUUGCACCUAUGUAAUGGUACACCCAUGAUCACAAGAAUAUAGCAUUUCCAGCUUAUAAAGCUUUUGAGGCUGUCGCGGUUGCUUUACAUAAUAGUUAUUUUUCCAUUUCCCGCCUGUUGAUAACAUCCCUGUGUAUAUCAAUCAAUUAUCGUCUUACAAUGUCAAUCAACUCAUCAACAAUGUCGCCUCAGUUUAUUAA